GGAAACCAGCUUUUGUGGCUGUGAGCGGUUGUAAAAACGGAGACCCCUCUUACGGAAAACUGUGGUUAACUGUGCUGUAGCUACAGCUGCAGAGAUGCGAGGGACAGAAAAACGUCGUGAAAGGAAACAGAGGGCAACACCGAACCUGAACGUAAAGUAACCGCCGUCACAAAUCAUCUGAGAUGUUUCGAGAAACCGAGGAGCAGCAUCUUCGCAGCGCUUUCUCCCGCUGGAGAUAAAAACCGAGAAGAGGAUCGCGCAUUGAUCCGAGAACAGGGGGACGGGAGGGGCCGAUCAUGGGGAACGAAGCAAGCCUUGAAGGAGGCGAGGGGCCGCCGUCUGGGCUACCCGAGGGGCUGGCACCUGACGGGAAGGGGGGCUUUUACCGGGUCUCAGACGGGACACCGGUCAACCUGAGUGAACUCAGCGAGGAGCAGAGGCGGCAGCUCUCCGCGGCGAUGUCAAGGGCGCAAGGCAGGCAGCCCGGAGGCGCGGCGGCUGGACGAAGACCAUCAGAAUCUGACGCACAGCAGCGUUCCCAGCAGGUAGGAGCCUCCAGGGGCCCAACAGGUCUUAGCAAAAGCCGAACUGUUGACGCCUUCAACCAGGGUCCACUCGGAAAGCCCACACCAGGCCGCAGCCCUUCGUCUCUUAGCCUUUUUGAAUCAAGAUUCCGGCAGGAGCCAAAAGACCCUGAGACCAAGUCAUCCGGCAUGUUUGGCUCCAGUUUUCUCAGCGGGGCCAACCCCCUCAGCGCUGUAUCUUCUAUGACUUCGUCUGUCUCCUCCUCCAUAUCCUCCAUGGGUGAUACUGUCAACAUUCCCAAAUUUGGACUGUUUGGGGAUGAAGAGGAGGAAGGCUUGCCUGCAGCUUCUGAGUCCAAGCAGGGAGGGAAGCCACAAGGGAAAGGUCCACAGCAAGGGCCAGGUCCGAAGGGACCACAGCAGGGAGGACCCCAGAAACAGAGUCAGGGCCCUCCUGGACAGGGAGCAAAGCCAGGGCAAGGACCCCCUGGUCAAGGACCCAGACAAGUUCAGGGACCACCAGGCCAAGGGCCAAAAGCAGGCCAAGGUCCUCCUAGCCAAGCACCACCAGGGCAUCAGGCCCCCAGACCAGGUCAAGGACCACCGGGUCAAGGCCCACCAGGGUCACAGGCACCCAGACCAGGUCAAGGACCACCGGGUCAAGGACCCAAACAGGGAGGCCCUCUCCAACAAAAAGGUGGUCCGCCACCACAGCAACAACAACAACAAGGACCUGGGAAACCUGGACCCAAACAGCAAGUGCCACAAGGGCCCGGUGCACAUCCUGAAGCCCCAGGAAAGACUGCUGGGCCCCCUAUUAAGCAGGGAACUGGAAAGCCUGCAGCUGGGAUCUGCCCACUGUGUAAAACCACCCAGCUGAACGUUGGAUCUAAGGACCCACCUAAUUACAAUAACUGCACUGAGUGUAAGAACCAGGUCUGCAGCCUGUGUGGAUUCAGCCCCCCAGACUCAGCGGGUAAAGAGUGGCUGUGUCUGAACUGUCAGAUGCAGCGAGCCAUGGGAGGAAUGGAUCCCCCUGGUGUGACGAAGCCCAAGCAAGGCUCCGCCCCACCCUCUCCUCAGAGACAGGCAUCGGGAAAACCUGGAAAGCUCCUGAUAAAACAGCAAAGCACCUCCGACCAAGGGUUAACGCCACCAACCACACCAAGGCAGAAAUCCCCAGGUCCUACCUCUCCAGGACCGCUUUCACCAGGCUCCUCAGUCGCAGGAUCCCCCAAAAUCGACCCCAAGACGGGUCGCCCCAUUAUUCAGAAGUCCAGUCCUCAGCAGUCCCCAGCUAAACCCAAGCAGGAAUCAAGCUUCUUUGGAGGGUUGGGAGGUAUCAGUUUAGGGGGGCUCACAGAUGCAGCUAAGCCACCAGCAGCUGCUUCACACGCUGCUGAGUCAGUCACGGGAAAACUGUUUAGUGGGUUUGGUGGGUUGAUGGAGUCGUCGAAGCCUCAGGCCCAGGCUGCUCCAAAACAGGAGGAAUCUGUUGCUGGGAAGUUGUUUGGAGGUUUUGGAGGCUUGACAGAGUCCACUAAAACUCCUGCGGCCACAUCUCAAAUGUUUAGCUUUGGAUCAUCCCUCUUGAGCUCAGCCACCAGUCUUGUCACGGGAGAGGAAGAUAAAGCAAAGGGUUCAACUCCUGGGUCACCACCUGACUCCCCUGCAGACUCUGGUCCCGGUUCACCACCUGACUCCCCCCUCUCUGGCCCUGGCUCUCCCCCUGAUUCAGACUCUGCUCCUGAAACACCGCCCCCUAAGACCAAGAAACCCCCCAGAACCAUUUCUGUGGAGCGGGAAGAGAAAGCCCCGGAAACCAAACCCGUGCCCGCUUCAGCUCCAGCGACGAAGGAAAACUGCCCUCUGUGUAAUGUGGAGCUAAACGUUGGCUCGACAGACACGCCUAACUACAGCCUCUGCACCGAGUGCAAGAAGACAGUGUGCAAUCUGUGUGGAUUCAAUCCUACUCCUCACUUAGGAGAGAAAGAAUGGCUUUGCCUCACCUGUCAAACUCAAAGAGCGAUGUCAGGCCAGCUGGGAGAUGUUUCACCAUCAUCCAUGGCUUCCCCGAAGAAGCAGCCUCCUGGUCCUGUUCCCUCCUCCACACCUCCCCCUGCUGCUGUAGAUAGCAAACCUGUAGUAGAACCAGCAAAGCCAACCCCACCAGCUUCUGAGACCAAGGUGAAAACAGUGGAGACCUUGAAAGAGCCUGGAAUUAAAGAAGCAGCUGUCAAGGAAGGCAGCCCAACCAGCCCAUCAGACCUAGCAAAGCUAGAAAGCACUGUCCUGCCCAUCCUUGAGGCCCAGGCAACCACACAAGAAGAGGAGAAACAAACAGACACUCUAAAGACCAGGCGUAAAUUAGAAGUGCUUCCUCUCUCACCUGACUCUCCUAGCUCAGAAGAGGACAGAGAGGUUUCUGAUAAGAACGGCAAUGGUACCACAAAGAAAAAGCUCCUUGUGCCCGUGGAUGUCAAGACAGAUUCCCUGGACGAUAGCAGUGAAAGCUUUGGAAAAGAAAGCCCUAUGUCAGGAGAUGAUGAAGAAUUUAUCCGAAAACAGAUAAUGGAAAUGAGUGAGAAUGAAGAUGCUUCACAAUCUGAUGAGGAAAACCUAGUUCGACAAAAGAUCAGAGAGGACGAGAAGAAACAAAAGGAACAAAAGAAAACAGAAACUGUAGAGAAGGGCACGACAGGAAAAGUCAGACGGCUUACCAAGAAAAGCACCAUAAGCCCAGAUGAUGAAGAUAAGGAAUUUGGUACUUUAGUGGAUAAACCUGAUAUAACCAAAGAUAUGGAAGCAGAAACAAAAGAAGGGAAGCAACAAAGUGGUACUGCAGUUCGCAAAUUCCAAACUAUGGAGCUGAAUACAACUAGCAGCCCUGUGUCUAUACCCAAUGAUGAUGGAGAGCCUGAAAUGGAAAGCCUGACAGAUUCUCCAGAUGAUCGGUCUAGAGGUGAGGGGUCUUCCAGUCUACAUGCGUCCAGCUUCACUCCUGGAACUUCCCCAACAUCCCUGUCAUCACUGGAUGAAGACAGUGAUAGCAGUAGUCCGAGCCAUAUCCGCAGUGGUGAAGGUAAACAGCACAGGAAAGCCAAACACAGACAACCUGGUCAAAUGCUGCCAACUAUCGAAGACUCUUCUGAGGAAGAAGAGUUACGGGAAGAGGAGGAGCUGCUCAGGGAGCAAGAAAAACAGAAGGGCUCAGGGAAAAAAUCCAAAAAAGAUAAAGAUGAGAUUCGAGCCCAGAGGAGGCGAGAGCAUCAAAAGACACCACCAAGCAACCUUUCCCCUAUUGAAGAUGCCUCACCAACUGAAGAGCAGAGGCAAGAAGCUGAAAUGGAGGAGAUUAGACGAUCAUCUUGCUCAGACUUUUCACCCAGUAUUGAAUCAGAUCCUGAAGGAUUGGAAAUCCAUGCUGCAAAGAUUGCGGCAGUCCAGAAAACCUAUCAGCUGCCCAUGUCUGUAUCUCUUCACUCCCCAACAGAUGAUCAAAAUAUUGAUAAACCACAGAAAAAAACUCUCAGAUCUGCUGAUGAAGCUUAUGAGGAGAUAAUGCUGAGGGCCAAGUCUCCAACAGCUGACAAAGGUGAGAUUCAGCCAGAAAAAGAGUCCCUAUAUGGAGGCAUGCUCAUCGAAGAUUAUGCAUAUGCAUCUCUUAUUGACAGUUCGACAGCUGAUCUCGAGGACACAGAGAAGAUUACUAUUCCCACUCAGCCCAAAAAGCUGCGAUCGCCAGAUGAAGUUUAUGAAGACAUGAUAAAGAAAAGAAAGGAAUUCAUGCAGCUGGAGCAGGAAUACCAAAAUAUGCAGGCAAAAAAGGAAAGCACUAACCCAGAAAUUGUGCUACAACCUACUGAUAUUACUUUUUCCAAAAGCAGUACAAUAACAUUAGACAUGGAUGGGAAGCCAUUGUUGGAUGCUGAAACUGCCUAUGAAGAGCUAAUGAAAAGAGUCCUGACUCCUGGAACAAGUCCAACUCAGCAUGAGCCAAAAGUAGAAGCCACUGCUUCUAGAAAGGCACUCCACCCUAUUCCGGACUUAAAAGUAACGCAGUGCUCUUCAGGAGAGUUAUCUUCUGAUGAUGAAAUUAUACCUAAAAAGGAAGAGGAGAAAAAUCCUGUAUCAGAUGUCACAUCAGCAAUGGAAACUGAGCCUGUGAAAGAAACUUUUCCAUCACCCACAUCAGAUCAGCAGCCUGAAACCACAAUCAAAGCAUCCCAAGGUGAUAUUGUGGACUUGACUAGUGCAUCUACAAAAACAUCAGCUCCUGUGAUUGCCAGUGUAUCACCCUUGCCUACGGUCCCCCAGUAUACACCUGGUAUACCAAGUGUAGUAUCAACUGCCCCACCUGUGCCCCCGAAGCCAACUGUCCUGCGUAGGGCUAAUUCUCAGGAAAAAACAGAAGAACCUGUUGCACCGCCGCUCCCUCCUCCCACUCCUCCAAAACCUACUGUUUUUCCCAGGAAAGCUCCAGUUCCACUUCCACCUCAGGCUUCAGCAGCUCCAGUAAGGCAAGAGACAGUGACUAUGACUACAGCUCAAGCACCACCUACAAGACAAGUAGUUACUCCAACAUACAAACCUCAUGUUCCCCCUCCUGUACCCCCAAAGCCAUCCAUCCCCGUUGGAAUUGGGGAUAGCCACAAACCAGGACAUGGUGUUAAACCACCAAUUGCACCAAAGCCUGGCUCACAGCCUUCAUCACCUGCCCAUGCCCCACAUCCACAAAGACCCUCUGUACUUCCCACAGGUCCUAGUGACAUAGCCCUUAAUCUAAGCCCCACUUCUGAAAGCAAAAUGUUUCAACCAUCACCAAAGUCUCCUUCUUCUCCAAGAUAUGCCAGCAAUCUUCGUGACACAUAUGUGGUCAUCACUCUGCCAUCUCAGCCUAGCUCUCCUGUAGAUAGUGUUACCACUCAUGCUCCCUCUAGCCCUGGCCCAGCAUCUCCUUCAUGGCAAGCUCAGCCUGAGACUUACCACCAUCAGCAGCCUCAACCUCAACCAUAUUCACAGCAGCAGCAGCAGCAGCAGCAACAAACACCUCCUCAAACAACCAGGGUGCCUCUGGCAUAUACACGAGUCACAGAAUCCAUUGAAAGUCAAGAAAUUUGUGGCCCUGAAAAACAUGUAUCUAGCUCUUGUCAUAUAAUUGAGGCUAUAUCAGCCUCAGCACAGCCACCUGUGGUGAUGCCCAACCUCAUCUCUCAAGUGGUUACCACAGAAGUCCAAAGGACCACUGUCUCUGUUGUUCAUGAAAGGACACCACCACCAGUGCCAGCUCCAAGGGCAAAUGGUCUCCCAAUAUCAAUGCAGAAGCCUAUGCCCCAGUUGCCAGCACAGAAUGGACAGGCUAUUCAACCUUCUGAGGUGGUAGAUCUUAGGACUAUGAAAGUGGAUCCAGAAUCAACCACACGUGGUGUGGAUCUGUCUGCUAGUCCAGACUCAAGACAUCAGUCCCUUACGACUGAUGUCAGUCGUCACAGCAGUGCAGUGCAGUCCCCUGUGGUCAACCUCAGUGCUGAAUCAUCUACAGUUUCUAUAGUAACUGAUAGCAUCACCAUCGUGACCUGUGCUGCCACAAUCCAGCGACGCGACAACUUGGACACCUCUUUGACCUCUUCAGUACCCCUUCAGCUAACAAAAAACAAAUCAUUUGAACCUGUUUCUCAAAUUAUUUAUCGACCAAUUGAUUCUCAGCCGUCUACUCAUGCUACUGCUGAGAUCCCUAUUAAUCUCUCAGUUGGAUCUAGUACGAGUGGAGGAACACUCCCUGUAACAAUUGCACCUGCUUCUGUUGCAAGUUGUAUUGCUAAUGGAUUAACUAAUGGCACAACCACAGUGUCAGGAGCUGUUGACCUUAGCACAAAUAAACCGUUCAACACUGUGGUUUCAGUGGAUGCUACGUCUACCGAAGUGGUUACAGCUGUAAUCACAGACGAUGGCAAACCAGUGGAUCUGACUGCAGGGAAAAGAGCUGUAUGUUGUGAUGUUGUGUACAAGCUUCCAUUUGCAGGAAGUUGUGCAACUCACCAACCUACCACACCCUUGCCUGAAGAUCGCUUUGGAUAUCGUGACGACCACUAUCAGUAUGACAGGUCGCCUUAUGGCAUGAGAGGGUUUGGUGGAAUUAAACCUUCUAUGUCAGAUACUAACCUAGCAGAAGCUGGUCUCUUCAUGUACAAGAGUAAAAACAGCUAUAAUUUCAGUGGCACAACUGAAGGUGCAGUAGAUCUUACCUCAGCAAAGAUUUCUGAUGCAGGUGAAGCUGUUGACUACUCCAAGAAAAGAACUUACGCUGGAAUGACAAUUCCUCCCUAUUCUCAAGAUAGAGUCACAAGUGCUGUUGGCACACUCUUUGGUACAAGCAGUGUUUUGAGAUCAUCAAAUGGAGUGGUUUAUUCCUCUGUCGCAGCCCCAGUCCCAUCUACAUAUGCCAUUACCACCCAGCCAGGGUCCAUAUUUAGUACAGCAUACAACACCCUGUCAGGUAUGCAUACCAGCGACACCAUGCCUUCUCUUUCCAACCUCCAGAACCUACCACUUACUCGAUCCCACAGUUUUCUAUCCACCAUCUCUACUACUGCAGCAGAAGAACAAGCAGAUGCCCCACUCAAUCUAGAGAUAUCUAGAGGAGGCACUACUGCUGGUGAUGCUGCAACUACUGCAGCAACUUCUUUAUCUCUUGACACCUAUACUGAUGCAUCUCUGGAGGCUAUAGCUGCUUCACUGGAAGCGCUUUCUUCACCCAUGGUUCCUGGAGACAGCCAGUAUCAGGCAGAGCGCGAGAGACUAGAAAUGGAAAAACUCAAGCAACAGCGCCUAGCUGAGGAAUUAGAAUGGGAACGGCAGGAAAUUCAGCGGUUCCGAGAACACGAACAACUCAUGGUGCAAAAGGAACUGGAGGAGCUGCAGGCCAUGAAACAGCAGAUACUUGCCCAGCAAGAAGAGGAAAGACAGGCUCACCUUAUAAUGCAGAAAGAAACUUACGCUCAGCAGCAGCAGCAGCUUGAGCAGAUUCAGAGACUCCAAGAGCAGCUCCGUCUACAACUGGAAGAGCAAAAGUUUCGUCAGAUGUACCCAGGUGGGGACAUACAAGAGGCAGUUGUCUUAGGACCUGAUGGCACUGUACUGGCCCGAAAGAUCACAGAUAGUGGGUGCCAGACAGAUGAAGAGGAUGAAGCAGUCAGCAAAGCUUACACAGCAGGUAGAAAAAAGAGAACUGCUAAAAAGAGCGUUGACAGUUGUGUGCAGACUGAUGAUGAGGAUCAAGAUGAAUGGGAGGCUCAGAACAGAAGCAGACAAAGCCGUCCACGUACUGCCAGAGGUGAUAGGGGUGGGCAGUCUGAGAUGUCUCUUCAAGCCCACACUGAGAUUUCUAUACAAACUGAUACAGAUGGGAACAUUAGAAUGGAUACCAGAAUGGAGCUUUCAGAUUCUGAAAGGACCUCACCAAAGAAACGACCUACCCCCUUAGAAAUAGGGCAGUCUGCUAACCUCAAAGCUGAUUCUUCUACUCUUCAGGCCCCUCCAAAAUCCCCCAAAGUGCUCUAUUCCCCUGUAUCCCCUUGUAUCUCACCAAGCAAAUCCCUUGAGUUUGUGUCUUAUGAUAAAUCCCUUGGUGAUACAAGCCCACAAAACCUAAGAGGAAGUGCUGAUCCAUCAAAAGCCUCUCCAGCAAGUCCCAGAGGACAGAAAUCCAUGCAGAGAUCUAUGUCUGAUCCUAAGCCCAUGAGUCCAACAGGAGAAGAAAGAGCAACAUCUGGAACCCAGUAUGGUGAAGGCUAUACUGGCAAAGGCUCAGGUGGUACACCAACAGGGACUCAAAAGAAGGUGAAGAGGACUCUCCCAAAUCCUCCAUCAGAGGAUGAGUCAACAACCACUGGACAGACAGCAUAUAGCACUGGCUCAGCCCGUCGAAGAAUGUGUCGUAAUUCCAACAUGGCACGCGCCAAGAUCCUACAAGACAUUGAUCGAGAGCUAGAUCUGGUGGAGCGCGAGUCUUCCAAGCUCCGCAAAAGACAAGCAGAAUUAGAUGAGGAGGAGAAAGAGAUAGAUGCAAAGCUAAGAUACUUGGAGAUGGGCAUUAAUCGUAGAAAAGACGCACUGCUUAAAGAAAGAGAGAAGAGGGAAAGGGCCUACUUACAGAGUGUUGCAGAGGACAGAGACUACAUGUCAGACAGUGAGGUUAGCAACAUCCGAGAGACUAGAGGAGGUGGUGAGGAUGAGGAGAUUGAAAGUCAUGGUCUUGAACGUCCCAGGACAGCUCCUCAGUCAGAAUUGGAUGACUUUGUCCCACCGCAAACCAAGCACGAGUAUGGAAAAUACUCUCAGUACCAAUACGCUCAAAGUCAAUUUCAGCAGUCUCUCUACCAGACACCUCAGUCCUACCAGUCUCAUUCAAUCUACUCCUCUGUCCCUUCGCUCACUACCUCCCAGCAGCAGAGUUACCACCAAAUGCUUUUGUUGCAGCAGAAAGCUGCGAGACAAGCAGCCCUACUCUCAGAGCUCGAUGCAACGAAAUAUGAUGUCAUUAGCCGUCAGCCUGAUCCCACUUCAUCAGCUUACCUUGGUGUUAAGUAUGACAAAUAUGGGAAUCAUCUUGAUCUCAGAGCCUUAGAAGUGGGAAGUAUAGCAGGUAGUCCAAUGUCAGCUGUCUCUGAUUCCUACUACACAGAUGUAGAUCACCACACACCUCGGAGUUACAUGCUGCUGGAAGAUGCUGCAGAACUAGCUAAAGGCUCCACAGGUCUGUCCUCAUCUUAUAGUCUGGCUGAGAGGGAGCUGGCAAAGGCAGAGAAACUGCUUCGUAGGAGUGCUGCUGAUCUGGGGUCUACUGACUAUUUGGGAUCCACGUCCAGACUUCAUACCUUUGGAAAGACCCCUGACGAAGAGGAUACCAUGGAGGAACCCUAUGAACUGAAACUUUUAAAGCAGCAGCUUAAGCAAGAGUUUAGGAGAAGUACAGGUGGGACCGAAAACUUAGAACAAUUGACAGGUCUCUCACAGCACUACUAUACACCAAGCUCUAGCAUCUCUGGUUACUCUCAGAGACACUAUCCAAAGUCAGAAAAGUAUAGCAUCAGUCGACUUACUCUUGAGAAGCAGGCAGCUAAACAACUCCCAGCAUCUAUGUUGUACCAAAAACAUAAGACACCACUACUAGAUCCUAAAAUCUCCUCCAAAUAUUCCUCUAUUACAGACAGUAGAGGUUUAGAGACUGACUAUACUAGCUAUUUGGGGUCCACCAGUGCAUCCCCAAGAUCCAGCCGUCUCUUGCAAGAUGAGAUUACCUUUGGUCUUCGGAAGAAUAUUGCAGAGCAGCAAAAGUAUUUAGGAUCCACCCUGGGUGCUAACUUGGCUGGGUCACUUAACUUGGGUCAGAGCUUGGGUUUGGAUUCUGCCUAUCCUAGUGGUAGUCGUUCAAGACCAUCCUCCAGGCCCACAUCUUGCUAUGGCCUGGACUUGUCUAUCAAAAGAGACCCAUCAAGCUCUUCACUCAGGCUGAAAGGAGAUGGUGAAGCAUCUGGAGACGGCCCAAAUUAUCAAACCCCAUCUGGUCGUACCAAACCUACUAGCCUUCCCAUUGUCCAAAGUGGGCGCGGCAGAAUACCCAUAGUGGCCCAGAAUUCAGAAGAAGAGAGUCCACUGAGCCCUGUUGGGCAGCCUAUGGGUAUGGCCCGUGCAUCAGCGGGACCUCUGCCUCCCAUCUCAGCCGAUUCAAGGGACCAAUUUGGUUCUUGCCUUUCAUUGCAAGACUCCCAGCAGCAGCAACAUAUCAGGGAAGAGCCAACAAGGGGUAGGAGUUAUGUGCUGCUGGAUGAUCUUCAGGGCACCAUGUCAGAUAGCGAAGCCCUAAGUGAUUCCCUGAUGGCUUUGAACAGAGACGAUGCAACCAAUGCCUACCACCUUAGACGGGAAGAGACAGAUUGGUUUGACAAACCGAGAGACGGGCGGUCGGAGAACGGACAGGAGAAGAGACAGGGAAAAGGUCCAUACUACCCCUUCCCUCACCUCAGGGUCAAACUGCAGAGGGAUCCUAAAGACCGCAGUGUCUCAGGAAAUGGUCUGGGUAUCCGAGUGGUCGGAGGAAAAGAGGUCCCUGGUAGUAAUGGAGACAUUGGAGCAUAUGUUGCCAAAGUGUUACCUGGUGGAGCGGCAGAACAAACAGGAAAGAUUCUUGAAGGAAUGCAGGUCCUGGAGUGGAAUGGUGUUCUUUUGACGGGGAAAACCUAUGAAGAGGUACAAGGGCUCGUUGGACAGCCAUGUAAUGAGGCAGAAGUGUGUGUCAGACUGGAUCUCAACAUGUUGGCAGAGUCUGAGGGUUCCCAGCACCUAGAUUUCCAGGAGCACAGCAAAGGUGACAGACCUCCCAGAUCUCCAGGUGUUGAUCCCAAGCAGCUAGCGGCCGAGCUGCAGAAAGUGUCACAGCAGCAGGCUCCACUGUCCACCUCCUCCUCCAGCCUGCCUGCCACCACUUCAGCAACUUCCAGCCCCGGUCAGCCAGGAUCCCCCUCAGUCAGCAAGAAACGUCACAGCAGCAAGAUUGCAGAGGGAACAAAGAGCCAAUCCCACCCUGUAUCCGGAGAGAUACAGCUUCAAAUCCACUAUGACAAGCAGCUUGGCAACUUGAUAGUUCACGUCCUGCAGGCCAGAAACCUUGCCCCGCGGGAUAACAAUGGCUACUCCGAUCCAUUCGUUAAAGUGUAUCUCCUGCCAGGGAGAGGUCAGGUCAUGGUUGUCCAGAAUGCCAGUGCCGAAAACAAGAGGAAGACCAAACACGCAGGCAAAACUAUCAACCCUGAGUGGAACCAAACUGUCAUCUAUAAGAACAUCCACCUGGAACAGCUUAAGAAGAAGACUUUGGAGGUGAGCGUGUGGGACUAUGACAAGGGCUCCUCUAAUGAUUUCUUGGGGGAGGUCCUUAUUGAUCUGUCCAACACUGCCCAGCUGGACAACAUCCCGCGGUGGCUCCCUCUCAAGGAGCAGAGCGAGGGGGACCACCACAGACGCUCGCACUCAGGCCAGGGUCGUCACAGUUCUUCUAAACCCUCCUCACAGCACUCCUCCCCUAAAACCACUGGCUCCUCGCAUGAUAAUCAGGAUUCCCCAAAAUCAUCUGUCAUCAAGAGUCGAAGCCAUGGGAUCUUUCCAGAUCCGGCCAAGGCUCGGUCAACCUACAAAUCAGGAGAUGCCCCGGUCACAGCAGCCUCGUUAGAUAGUGGCUUGAGCGGCAGCGCCUACAGCCUACUGGACGAGGAAGCAGAGGCAAACGAGGUGGACAGUGCUAUCUUCCAAGUGCCCAGAUUUGGAAAGAUCCCAAAUGGCACAGAUGUGAUAAAAUCAUCACUGGGACACAGUGACACUGAAGGUAAGACUCAGGUAAUGGGAGAGAUAAAGAUCGCUUUGAAGAAGGAAAUGAAGACGGAAGGUGAACACCUGGUCCUUGAGAUUCUUCAGUGUCGUAACAUCACCUACAAGUUCAAGACUCCAGAUCACCUGCCUGAUCUUUAUGUGAAGCUCUACGUGGUGAAUAUCGCCACCCAGAAAAGGAUCAUCAAGAAGAAGACCAGGGUUUGUCGCCACGACCGUGAGCCGUCCUUUAAUGAGACCUUCCGCUUCUGCAUGAACCCCACCGGACACGCGCUACAGCUAUUCCUGGUGUCCAACGGUGGCAAAUUUGUGAAGAAGACCUUAAUAGGCGAGGCCUACGUGUGGCUGGAUAAAGUUGAUUUACGCAAGCGAGUGGUGAGCUGGCACAAGCUGCUUGCCAGCACUGCCCAGAUCCACUCAUAGGAGGGGACUCAACCUAAAAGAAAUAAGCUUAAGCGGAAAACAGGUUUCUGACAUCUGGGUUCCACAUCUGGAACGCUGAUCCAGUCUUCUGGAAGGUCUGGGCACGGGAAGAGGGGGGAUUUUUUUCUUCAACCUUUGUUUCAGGGCUCGCAUAGCUUGCUAUUUGGAAAAAUGCUUUCAGCAAAUGAUGAUAUCUGCUCUGAUUAUGUGAAAAACUUGGAGAAAACCAUUAUGUGUUUACAGGGAAUAAACACAUGUUUACAGGGCAUACAGUGUACAGCGGUGUAGCCAGGACUUAGAAGAAGAACACAGGUGCUGAGUUCAGAGGUCAAGUGCAGAAUCAACCAGGUAUUACACACUUUAUCUCACACACACACACACGCUCACGACAUUGCACACAGUCAUUCACACAGAACUUCAAAUCUAAUAGAUACAGGGAAUGGACACACUUAUAGAUUCGAAUUGAUUUAUUUUGACGUUUUAUCCAUUAAAUGUUCUUUAAAUGGGGCGCUCACCCUCGCUUUAUUAUUGUAUUGAUUUACAAAGCGUUUUGGGAAUGAAAUAGUAAAGACUCUGCUAUAGAGACCUCUUAUUUAUUUUUGUAUUAUGAUAUUAGCGUAGAGUUCUAUGAUUUGUCUUCUCCUCAAUUAUUUAAGUACUUUAACAAUCUAUUCUGGGAAGGAAGUAUAUUUUAUAAUACACUACCUAGCAUUCCAGUUCAAUACAAAAAAAAAAAAUAUUGCAAGCAUGUUUUUGACUUUAUUAACAAAAACUACUUGUUCCCUACCCUUUUAAUCUGAUUUUUCCCUGAUGUUAUCCAAUGAUGACUAUUGUUUGAUAUAGCAUCAAUAUUAAUAUAUAUCAAAUUGGACAUUACAUGUUGUGCGCAUGAGUCUAUCUAUUUGGUAUGGAGUGCCACAUGUUCAACAACAAAAAAAAAAAAAACACCUCCAAGGUUCACUUUGUAUAUAGUGAAGUGUCAUAGCUGGACAUUAUUCUACAUAUAUAGAUAUAGAUAUAUAGAUAUAUAUAGAUAUCUUUAUCACAGACAAUCAAGUCUUGAUGAUUGUGGCAUAGAGGUUUUAUUUAUUCAUGACGCCCCUUAGAAUGUGAGACGUUUACUAUAUGAGAGUUAAGCAUUUCCUCUUUUUCCUUGUAAGAUUGGAGCACAUUAGAAGUCUUGCAUCAGUCUUGCUUUCGUUCGUAAGGGCAGUCAACUCGACGACACUCGCUUUUGUAGUAUUUUGCACUUUUUCUGCUUAGAAUGUAAAACUAACAUCAUCAUCCUGCUAAAUUAUUAUUUUUUCACUGGGAAAGUGAGAAACUAUAGACCAGGAACUACCAAGAGUUACAAUCCUAAGACGCGAUGCUGUAACAGUAGCAUGAUGAUGUUUCGUCCCACCUCCACGCGCACUUCAUUAAACGCCUAUUAUGCCCAUUAUUUCAUGAGAAAGGUCCCGUUUGCUGCGUACAGGUGUCAAAAGACUGGAAGGCUGAUUCAUUUAACAUUUUCAGUGAAAUAUCCGACUGAUUUCUAUGCAACAUCUACUAUAUAGCGUAAAUAACUGCACCCUGACUUGCCAGAAAUAUGACACUUGGUUUCAGAGGAAGCAUUUCUGUUUAUUUUGCACUGCUGUGUUUUCAUGUCCUCCACGAAAUGGUUACUGCUUUAAUAUGAUUUGUUGUUUUCUGUUUGUUUGUUUUUUUUAUUUACCGUGUGAUUUUUUUGUAUUGCUAUAUGAAUCUUUAUUUAUUGCCUGUGAGACAAUUUCAUAUGUUGUAUUAUAUUUGUUUACAGUACAUAUCAGAUGUACAGAGAAAUUAGGUUUUUAUACACUAUGUAGUGCUUGUUUACAAUAUUUAGAGGGGCCUGAAACUCAGAGAACCAACUUUUUUGCCCUUGUGCACGAACACAUGCUCACAUUAAAAACGCCAAUUCCACGUAGCUAUAAAUCAAAGGAAGAAAAUCGAACAUUCCUAGUCAUGAUUCCUAUCUUUGUUUUGCACUCCCCCUUCGAUUUGUUUCAUUUUCCAGUAAGUGUAUGAAUUACCAAAAAAAAAAAAGCAACUAAAGAAAACCUUGUAAUCAGUGGACUUCACACCUCAAACGUAAGGUGCAACGUGCAUUUUCGGUUGCUUUUCUUAACUUUCUAUCCAUGUGCUCGUGUGUGUGUGUGUGUGUAGCAUCUUCACACCAAGUCCAUGCAUGUCAUUAGCUCUAAUGCAGUAUCCCUUCCUUUACAUGUUAUCUGUCUAAAUUAUCUAAAAUUUCUCAUAACACACAAUGAAUUAUACGAACACACACACACACCCAGAUGCCAUCUCUAUCUUCAACCUUGUAAAUAAAUAGUUUUUUUAUACUGGGGUUUGGGGAAGCAAUAGGUCUUUUAGCAGUCAAAACUAAACAAAAAACCAACAAAAAAAAGUCGCGUGAUCUUAGAAGUAACAGGGAGUUGUUUCUCCUUGGAUCGCUGUACAGUGGAUAGGCCGAGGGAAGAGCUUCUGUCUGUUUAUAGGGACCCAGAUUUACCCGACCCUUUACACCAAACACUAAAAGUUUACCAGAGUCUAACACAGAAGUCUAUCUUAAC